UUCAUGAGCAAUCAGGGUAUCGAUCAGUCUCAUUUUCGUUUGGACAAGGCAAGAUGAUCAAAUUUGGAUUCGAUACGCUUGCUUAUUCGGUGUACUUUACUGUACAGUGUUUUUACUUUACUCAAUAACUAACUUAAAAUAUGGUAGAUCUACAUGGAUUUAAAGUUCUGGAAUCAUAUAGAUCUAAUUUAGAUCUAGAAUCUAGUAGCUGGACAUAAUUAGUACAAAAAUGGAUGUGACGCAGGGCUUAAUCGUAAAACUUGUGAAAUGCAAGUCCAUUGAGCGCGCAAUCGCACCCAUAGCUUCACAAGUGUCGUUACUAGUCAUAUUGGCAGAGGAAAAAGAAGAAAAGCAAGCUAUACGUAGCGAUCAUGGCACAACUGAUUCAAACCUCAGUCUUAUUCAUUGCGCUUCCAGAAUUAUGGCUGAAGCUGUUAAAAAGUUCAUUAAUGAAGGGGAGAAACUCUGCCAGAAAUCACAAAAUCAGGAUUUUAUCCAUAAAGUGAAAUCCGCCAAUGAAAAUUUGACAGUGACAACAGACCAGCUGCUCAUCGUCGUGCACAGAUUAGAAUCAGGGACAGCACCAGAUAAUAUCAUCCAGAUACUUUGUCAAACUGCUAAAGAUGUGCUGCAAGGGGUCUUAAGGGUACUACUAGUUAUUGAUGAUUUUCAUGUUCAGGAGCUUAUUCAGAAAGUGGAUCUAGUUAUCUCCCAUCUACAGGGAGUUAACCUAGUCGAGGACUAUGCUAUGAUUAAAAAAAGAUUGGCUCAACUUGCUGUAACUGUAAUGACCUUGAGAGGCAUGCUGUGUAGCCGGUGCAGGAACCUGUGUAGUAAACUGUGCAGUGACCAGCUGACCGUGUGGGGCAACGUCCUGCAGAGCAGCCUACCAGUUUUACACAAAGUCACCAAAACCUGUUGUCAGUACCCAGGGAAUGUUUCUGCUAAGGCCAGCUUUGAUUCAGUCCAGCAGGAAAUCAAGCAAGCUUGCCAGAAAAUUAAACAGCUGCUUUGUUUUGGGCCACAAGAUACUGUGGAUGAUAUGAUCAUAAGUUUUGUUGGGGUUGUUGAUAAACUGAUGGACCUGCUGUCUGAGACCAAUCGCAGGGAACUCCAUGAGGACGUAGAGAGUGAGAUAGUGACCCUGGUCCAACACAGCUUGUCCGUGGCCCACUACUCGACUGGUCUUUACAGGGAGAUGAUUGUAGCUUCAUGCCAUCGGAUACUACAGUUAAAGGCCAGACUUGUUGAAUUAAAUAUAGCUUUAAAAAAUGUUGCUGUACAGAGAACAGUAAGAAUUGAUUUUUCCUCCGUGUGUGAAACCAUCCUUGAUGAAAUCUGUGAUCUGGAGAAACAUGUGAACAUGACCUUGUUGACUCUCAUUGUUGACACUUUUCUGUGUCCUAAAGAUGAACUAAUGAAGCUGAAAAAAAUUGCAUAUAUUCAGAACACUGAGGCCCAGCUAUCUGGCAGCCAUUUGAAGCUGAUAAAGAAAUUUACAGAAUUCACAGAGAACCUUUGUCAGGUCGCCAUGCUUGUUGCUUCAAGUUCCACAGACAACUCAAAAGUGAGAGACAUACUAACAGCGGUCAAGGGUCUGGAGCUGAUUGACCCAGAGAUAGCCCCCGCUGUGAUGAUGAACAGCCGUGACCCCAAGAACAGAGCCUCCAACAAACAUUUGGACCUGAUCCUCAGCCGCUGGGAACAAGAGGUCACCUCCAUCACUGGCGCCAUAGACAGCAUUGUUGACCCUAAAGUUUUCAUGGACUUGACUGAAUCCGUGUAUGUCACUGAGAUAGAAAACUUCACCAAAAUGAUGGUUGACCCCUCUCAUAAAAAACUACUGUCCCACAGUUCCAGAGUGAGAAAUUUGGUGAAACGACCAAUUUUAAUUGCUGAAAAGUUGGUCGAUGAAAGCAGUGAUCCAAUUUAUCGCAAUGGGCUGCGUUGUUUUAUCAAUAAGCUUUGUGGAAGUUUGUCUGAGGCUGAUGCUGUGUACAUUGAGCUACUGCAGACCAAGGACCCAACACCAAAGCAACAGGACACUGUAGAACGGAGGCUGAAGAUUGUCCUUCAGGACUUGAAGAGCUUAAGGGAAGGCUUGGAUGUGAAAAAACACCCACACAUAUUGAGCCACAAGAGGUUGUUGUUCAAGCAAAGGUCAGGACACUCAGAAGGCAAGUUGAAGACACUAGGAACAGCCACAGUAGUUAAAGAUAGAACAAAAGAAGACUUUGAAGCAAGAAUGAAAGAACUAAUGAAAGCUAAAGAGAUGCCAGUGAUUGGUGGGAUGAAUAAGGAUGAUAAAAACAAGAGAGAAGAGGAAAGACAAUCCAAGAAACUGCCUUCAGAUUUUAGCAACCUCCAUAUACAAGAACAGCCAACGAAAUCUUCCAAGCCCACAGCUGAAAAUAUGUUUGACUUUCCUCAGAUUUUUAAAGAAAAGGAACUUGAAGGAGGAGCAGUAGCUGAAAUCUACGGCCUGGUGAAGAAGCUGCUAACCAAGUGUGCUGCUAGGGAGGGCAAGGCUGUUGAGGACCUGACACACAGCCUCUUGAGCUGGACCAAUCACGUCAUUGAAAACUCUGAGACGCUAGUGGCACAUUGCUCGCAUGUCAUCAAGAAAAGUGAGCUGAUUGAUUUGGUGCAUGAAGUGGACAAACUGGCCACCGAGGUGAUCCAGAUGGUCAAGUUUGCCACACUAGGGGAGACAACAGCCACACAAGAACUCCUGGCCAGAGCCAUGUCCUGGGCCCACUCAGUGAACAGAGCCAGGUUGAUCAUUGAUGUGACCUGCAACAAAUGGUUAACUAUGACAAGCAGUUUACCUAAACUUAUUGAAGAAAGAAAUGACAGUGAAUUAAAGCAACAGAUGAAAGCCUUAAUGUCAGUACAAAUGGAGGUGUGCCAGCUAUUGGAGAAAGCCUUUCUCUUGUCAGCCAAACACUUGGAGAAAGGCAAUGAGAAGAUGGAGUUCAUCACUGCCUCCCGCAACGAAAUUGAGAAUUUAUCCAUAACCAUCAAAACUACAGUGGAUGUUACUGCCAUUUCAGAUGAAAGAGCAGUUAAUGAUUGGUGGCAGCUAAGUGUGGCUUGUCGUGAUUGGUCAGUUUUGAUGACCUGCAUCAUGUCAGAGUUUGAAGACAUUGCUAGAGAGAUGGAAGAGACAGGGCUGAAGAAACUUCAGUGUUUACAUGGUUUGACAAAGGACAGGACCAGGACUGCUGAUGUUUUUGAUAAGGAGACAAACUGUCUUCUAGAAUUGGUGGAUUGUGUGGUGAUUGGUGACACAACCUUAAAGGCCAGAAGUGAACAGCUUGUCACUGAUCUAAAAAUAGCCCUGUCUGAUGUGUUGACCGUUGCCAAGCAACCAGUCAGCCUUAGUGAUUCCAUUCACACAAGUCAUUUUUCAAAAGCAUCUUUUGAAAUGGCUAAAAGCAGAUGGAUUGAAAAGGCCCUUGAUACUCAAGACAUGGUAUGCCACAACUGUUAUGAAUACAUGGGGUUUGUACAUCAGCUGCUCACUGAUACACAGAACAUCAUCUCUGAUGAUGAUCUGAAGGAAGAAUUAAAACUUCAGUAUAGACACAUGCUGACCAAUGUACUUGUGGAGACAAGCAAUGACCUCAAACAGAAAGCCCUGAAGGCUAUACAGACUUGCCCUGACCUCACCAAGCGGGCGGUCAUCAGGUCCACAUUGGACACUGUCUCAAAACUGACCUCAGAGGUGGAGAGAGUCAUUAGAGUUUCCAAUGAGAUCACAGAGGCUGAUGUGAACACUCUAUCAGUGUUGUGGGCGGCCAGAGUCAAGAAGCUGGUGCUACACUUGAGGAAAAUGGAUGGGGUUAGGGCUUCUAUUAUCACUGAAAUUGAAAACUUGAACAAGCAAAGUGGAGCUGCAGUGAUGCAAGGUCCUUAUGUUUCACCUGUGCAGCACCAACAUGCAUCUGUCAGGGAGGAACAGAAUGUGCAGCAACACCCCCAUAAUGGGCAGCAGCCUGUAAACUUGCAGGCAUCACAGCUGUUUCCACAUUAUCUGCAGGAUGGAUCUACAGUGUUGCCUCAACCUGGCAACUAUGUACAACCUGGCAACUAUACACAAUCUGGCCACAUUAUACAUCCUGGCAACUUUUCAAAAUCUGGCAACAUUGUGCAUCCUGACAACUUUACACAAUCUGGCAACAUUGUACAUCCUGGCAACUUUACACAACCUGCAAUAAACAACCAUGGCCAACAACUGCUGCCACACCAAUCACAAACUCUAAAUUAUCCACAAUUCCAACCCACACACAACCAGCAGCCACAGUUCCUACCACACCCACAAUAUUCAUCAACAGGAACUUCGCAAACAGCACAGAACCAGCCCCCAGCCAUAACCCUAACCCAACCAUCUCAGCACACACCCUCUCACCAGAAUAUCCAACCACACCAACCACAGCUGUAUAAUUCACCCCCAGCUUUAACCCAGUCAACCCAACAGUCACCCACUCACCAGAAUAUCCAACCACAACUGUAUAAUUCACCCCCAACUUUAACCCCUUCCCUGCCACCCCAACAGACACCCACUCACCAGAAUAUCCAAACACAUCAACACUCACCACCAAAUCAAGGGGCCAGCGCAUCAUUCAAGGAAACACCCACUAGAACAUUAUCAGACUCAGUCUUAUCACCUAAUGGUAAAUCAGUCAACUCGCUGCUGAAAGAUGCACAGUUUUUAGGGGUAAAGCUGAAUAAGUGGCAAGACAAGAUGGCUGACAUUGAAGGUCAAGGUCGGUCAAAAGUUGUACAGGAUGCUCUAGAAAUGGCCAGAUUGUGUUCUGAGAUGGCCAUGUUUACCAAAGGUCAAGGACCACUCAAGAACUCUGAAGAAGUGAUAGCUGCUGCAGUUGCCAUUGUUAGACACAGCCAAGAUAUUGAGACCUUUGCUAACAGGCUGCUAAGUCUGGCUGGUAAAAAUAGGCUAUCAGACAACCUAAAUCUUUGCAUAUUGAAGAUGAAUGGCUGCUCCUCCCAGCUUCAGAUUAUAGCAUCAGCUCUACACAACUCCCCUAAGUCUCACCAGGUAACUAACACAUUUCACAUUCACUGCUAA